CAUACACUUUCUUUUUAGUAAAGUAAAACAACUGAUGAUAUAGAAUCAGUUUUAAAUAGAAAUUAUUCGACCAACAUAAUACGAGCGUCUGCCGAAAAGUGACGUCAUUAAUGGCGGAUACAGCAUUACUUUCACAAAUUUCCAAGUGUUGUUUAUAAUUUUCGUAAAUUUUGUGCAUAAGUUGAUCUUGAGAAACAUCAAGAUGAUAAUAACGCUAAAGACUUUACAACAGCAAACUUUUAAGAUAGAAAUUGGCGAUGAAGAGCUGGUUAAAGUACUUAAAGAAAAAAUAGAGAAAGAAAAGGGAAGUGAAACUUUUCCAGCUGGAGGGCAAAAGCUGAUAUAUGCAGGAAAGAUCCUCGAUGAUGAGAAACAAGUCGGCUCUUAUAAAAUUGAAGAGAAGAACUUUGUUGUUGUUAUGGUAACCAAGCCUAAACCUGCUGCAGCGUCUACACCUACUCCAGCAGCCGGUGCAACUUCUACCCCACCAGCUACAGAAAGUACGCCAGCUCCUACACAAACUGCACAGGUCACUCCGGCACCAGCUAAAGAUGAAACUAAAACAGAAGAAAAGUCAGAACCUCCUUCAAAUACUACAAGCGCAACGGACACAACUGCAUCUGAAUCAUCAUCAGCAACAACAACGGCCUCAGAAAUGUCACAACAAUCUCAGUCGGAAACUUCAGUAGCGUCAGAUAUGAGCACAACCAGUGCAGAAAGUGCUCUAGUUACAGGAUCAAUGUAUGAGGAGGCUGUUACACAAAUGGUUGCCAUGGGGUUCCCACGGGAACAGGUGCAGCGUGCCAUGAGAGCUAGCUUCAAUAAUCCAGAUAGAGCUGUUGAAUAUUUAUUUAAUGGUAUUCCAGAUAUGCCAAGAGAAGAGCCUCCCCCAGCUGCAAAUCAACCAACAGGCACGCCAGCGGCUGGUGGAACACCGGCUGCAGGAGCACAGUCAGCUGGAACAGGAGAGACGCCGCAGGCUCCUACCCAGCCAGCUACACAACCAGCUACUCAGCCAGCAGCUGGUGGUACCGGUACGACUAGUCCAGGAACACUGAGCGGGCCACCUCCUGGGGCCCGGCUCUCUGGUGAAGAGACGUUAGCUUUUCUUAGAAAUCAACCCCAAUUUCAACACAUGCGAACAUUGUUACAACAGAAUCCAGCUUUAUUACCUGAACUUUUACAACAGAUAGGAAGAUCUAAUCCAACACUUCUACAGAUGAUUAGUCAGAAUCAAGAACAAUUUAUUGCCAUGUUGAACGAGACUGGUGGAGAGAGUGGUGGAGGAGGAGGAGGUGUUGGGGGUCGGUCACCAGGGGAGGGAGUCAUACAUGUCACACAAGAAGAAAAAGAAGCCAUUGAUAGAUUAAAAGCACUUGGAUUUCCCGAAGGAAUAUGUAUUCAAGCGUAUUUUGCCUGUGAAAAGAAUGAAGAAUUAGCCGCCAACUAUCUAUUAAGUCAUGGUUUUGAUGACGAGGACAGUUGAAAUUUUUAAUAUCCGUUCCCUGUUUUUUUUCUUCUUUUUUUUUCUAUCUAAGAAGUUCAUCAUCAAGAUGCUUUAUAUAACAAUUGGAAUAAUUUAUUACACAUACAUACUUGUCGAAUCACAGUCAUUUCUUUAGGACAAUAUUUACGUGACAGUUAUAAUAAUACUCUCAAAAAUUGGUUUUGGUUUUUUUCGUCUUGCUCCAUCUUAGUGCUUCAAAUUCUGUUUGUUAUUUUAAGAAAUUCUUGAUAAGGAAACUAUAUUGAUUAAGAUGUUCAUGACAUUAAGUUACUGGUAUUAUGAUAUCUCGUUUUAGUAGAAUAUAGUGUAAUUAGCUAAGGUAAAAAUAACUGGAUUGACAUCAUAUCUGAUUGAGUAUACAUGAAUGCAACAAGUGUUGGCAGUAUUUUUUUAUUGAAUUGACACAAGAGAUAAUCUUGACCUGUGAUGUAUACAGGGAUGUUUGUUAUUUAAUGCGAAGACAUGGUUUCUUGUUUUGUUCUUCUACCAGCAUAUACCUGCAAAUUUACUGUUGACAGUAAAUUGUCACCUGCAAAUAAAGAAUACCUAGUUUGAUGAUAUUUUGACAGUUCUCCCAGAUUCUCAAAAGUAUUAGAAAUUGUUACUUAAGAAAGCUUACUUGUUCAUUACCAGGAAACAUGUUCAAAAUACAAAGUUAUCAUAAGAAAAGUUUCCUUGCUGCUUGUGUGCAAAGAAAGGAAAUCUUCAAAAUGAUAACAGCACACUAAAAAUAAAACAUAUACUCGGAAAUAAAUUUUAUAUUUGAAAAGAAUAUCCUGUAAUUUGACAUUUUAGAAAUGUAAACUAUUGAAUUAUACAAUAUACAUAUAUAAUAUCAUGUAUCUUUCUUUGAUGAAAAGCAAUACAAUAUCAGUAUGUAAGAUUACUGCUUUAAUUGAAGACUUUAAAGCUGUGGUGAGAUUAAACAGUUUAAAGUAUACAUUGAGUUUUGGAUAUUAUGUGUUCUUUCAUGUUGAAAAUAAUUUGCUGAUGUGGUAGCUUAUUGGUGCAUGAUAUUUGGUACUAUAGCAUUAAUUUUGUUUGGUGCACAUAUUUUCUUUUUUCAUCUAAGAAACAACAUAAACAUGUUAGGAAAAGAAUAUUGAUUUUUAUGCUUCUCCCUAAAAGCAUGAAGUUUCCAGUUUGUCCUUCUGCCCUUCCUUUCAUUUAUUCAUUGAUAUCUAAGCAUGUUCUUUGCUGAAUUUGUGUAAUUGUUUGUUCAGCUUUGAAUUUGAAGCAGUCCAUUAAAAAUUUAAGGGAUUUUAAUAAUUGAGCAAGCAACAGUGCAAAGCCUGGUCAGGCUUCACAAAUGUGCAGGUUGGCCUAGCUCUAUAUACUGGUGACACAAGCCUUUCAGUUUUAGUAAUGUGAAGAUUAGAUAUUUGGUGGGCUUUAGACCAUUAACCGUUGGAAGAGGUAUGAGGUUACAUGUAAUUAGGUCAAGGUCAUAAGGAUAAAAGUAGAUUGUUGUUACUUAUCUUAUUACUAGGGGCGACAUGUUCAUCUGUUUAAAAGGGUACAGUCUGUUUUUAGCUGAAAACCCGUUAGAAAAUUCUCUAACUGUUAACCAAAGUUAAUUUUUGACAGAGGCAAAAAAGUUUUAAAUUGAUUCUAUGGAAAAAAAAUUACUAAAUGUAUAUAUCAAAUAUAUAUUAUAAUCAUUUUGAGAACAAAAUGUCAUUUUUGGCAGAAAAGAAACAAAGUUAAUGUUAAAAAUAUAAGGAUUUUAUUGGUAUGGUCGCUAAAACGUUUAACAUAGUUAUUAGGUUGCCGUUUAAACGGAUAACAUUUUUGCUGACUGUGACACCCCUACUUAGUAAAAUCAAGAUUUACCUUUGUCAAAUAGACAUUUGGGAGCAGUCAUCAGUGUUACAAUUAUUUAAAUUUUAUCUAUUUCAUUUCUUUGGUAGAAUAUUAAGUUUUUUGGGUUGAUUUAUUUAUUGAUUUGUAAAAUCUUGUUAGCUGGUGAAUUUUUUAUACAAUAGAAAUCUGCUGUUGCAUUUUACUGCUUUGUUAUGUAGGUGAAGUGCUCUAUCAAAUCCUGAUAUUAUAUACUAGACUUUAAGCUAUUUAACUAAUUCACUAUCACAUUUGUCUUGUCAUAUGUAUACAUGUUUGUGUGUAAGUAAUUACUAUUAUAGUCUCAUCCCUUCAUGUUGCAUAAUAUAAAACAAAACGAUCAAGAUCACAAAAAUUAAAGGUAAAUCAUCUUAAUAAACUCAUACAAACAUACAUUUUCCUGAUCAACUUGGAAAAAUUCAUUUUAAGGAUGACUAACCUAUUACAUAGUUUCAGGCACAACUAUUUUUUUUCGAGGAUAUGUUUUCCUACAAAGUGAUGUAAUACUUAGCGUUAAAAUACCUCCAUUCUUUACAAACUUUAUAACAGCUACAUAUGCUUGUCCAUAUUUUCAUGAAGUGUUCAAAUCAACAUUCUGUUCAUUGAACAGUUGCAACAGAUUCAGAAUAAAAAUAGUGAUUUUUUUUUUCACCAGCACCAGUUGCUGAUCCGCUGUUAAUGUUUAAACAAUGUGAAAACAAUAAAAUGUUUUUAAAUUGUUACAAUGGAAUAUAUUACAGUAAUUUCUUCCAAGACAUAUGUCAUGUUUUCUGAUAUAUGCCUAAUAAGCGAAAUGUUAUUGUAUUGUUCAAACUGUAUGAUAAAGCAUUGUGAAUAAAUAUACAAAAAAUUAGA